GUGAUUGGCCGGGGCCUGGACGCUUUGCGCGGUUGGUUUGAAAUCGCUUCAUUCGUAAGCAGCUCAUCCAGCAGAAGGAAGCCUCGCUCUGCGCUGUGGAAUAUUUCAAAAGAUCCACAGCCAUGGAUGAGUAUGCAAAAAUCGAAAAAAUUGGAGAGGGUACCUAUGGAGUUGUCUAUAAGGGUCGGCAUAAGGCUACAGGGCAGGUUGUUGCCAUGAAGAAAAUUCGGCUGGAAAAUGAGGAGGAAGGCGUUCCCAGUACAGCAAUCCGAGAAAUCUCCCUACUUAAAGAACUACAACAUCCUAAUAUAGUGUGCUUACUUGAUGUCCUAAUGCAAGAUUCUCGACUGUAUCUUAUUUUUGAAUUUCUUUCCAUGGACUUGAAGAAAUAUUUAGAUUCCAUCCCAAGUGGCCAAUUUAUAGAUGCAAUGCUUGUUAAGAGUUAUUUAUAUCAAAUCCUGCAAGGUAUUGUAUUUUGUCAUUCAAGAAGAGUUUUACACAGAGACUUGAAGCCUCAGAAUCUCUUAAUAGACAGCAAAGGGGUAAUCAAGCUGGCAGAUUUUGGGCUGGCCCGUGCCUUUGGUAUCCCUGUUCGAGUGUACACACAUGAGGUGGUAACACUGUGGUACAGAGCUCCUGAAGUGCUUCUAGGAUCAGUGCGAUAUUCCACACCUGUUGAUAUGUGGAGCAUUGGUACCAUAUUUGCAGAGAUUGCUACAAAGAAACCCCUCUUUCAUGGAGACUCUGAAAUAGAUCAGCUCUUCAGAAUAUUCAGAGCUCUGGGGACACCAAACAAUGAAAUCUGGCCUGAAGUAGAGUCAUUACAAGACUACAAAAACACAUUCCCAAAAUGGAAAGGAGGAAACUUGGCCGCUAGUGUGAAAAACAUUGACAAGGAUGGCCUUGACUUGCUUGCUAAAAUGCUUGUAUAUGAUCCUGCAAGGAGGAUUUCUGCCAGAAAAGCUUUGCUGCAUCCAUACUUCAGUGACUUGGAUAAGUCCAACCUUCCUGCAAAUCAGAUUAAGACUGGCUCUUAGAUUCUCCUACACUUGUUCAGCCUGUACAUUGCAGAUGUUCUGAUGUGAAUCACUUUAUUUUUUAAUGUUUGUCCAUUUGUGUGUUUCUUCCUGUCGUGCUGCAAGCCUUGCAGCAUUGUCUGAGUGCUUUAAAUUAAUGCACCAUUCUCUAAAUUGUAAAUAUUUACUUUAUGAACUGUCACUUCAAAGACAUUUCAUUUUUCAAUAAAGCUCUUUAUAUUACACAUAA